AUGGCGAUUAAUCCCCAAAAGUUCCAAAAACCUGAUCACCAGAAGAUGAAAUGGAGCUCAGAUCAUGACCAGAAUUCCAUGGAAGUAAUUAGGUCGUAUGUCUGUGGUUUCUGCGAGAAAGGCUUCUCAAAUGCACAGGCUCUUGGGGGGCACAUGAAUAUCCAUCGAAAGGACAGGGCCAGACUCAAACAAGCCGAGGAUGAAAACUCGCUGCCUAUGGACAUAACAACGUCUGGCUCCACUGUCGAUCAUGACCAGCCUCCAGCUUUGGAGGAGAAAAUUCUAUUUCAACUCGGAUCUGGGGAUCGGGAUCAAAAAAGUUGCAGUCCUAAAAAGCCAUGCUCUCGCUCUGUAGAUUAUAGGGGAAUUCCCAGUUUGUUUGGAGGUGGGAAUUAUGAAGAGAAAGAGAUGAUGCAGUACAACUUGACUACUCAUGCUUCGCAGGAGAGUAAUAUUGCAGAAGUUGACCUUGAACUUCGGUUAGGGCCUGAGCCUCAUGCAGAGGCAUCGAUAGCAUGUACAAAAGAAUUCUUUUAA